ACCUCUUGGAGGCGAGGGACUCGGAUCAUCACAUCCAGUGGAAGGUGAAGUUCAACCUGGGCAACAGCAGCAGGCAGAUCUCACAGUGCAGAAACUCCAUUCAGGGAAAGAGCCUCCUCACUGAUGAACUGGGUAAAUGAUGUGGACGGUCGCUGCCUAGGCCAAAUAUUAAGUGUGCACUGAUUUAAUUAUUAAGACUAUAAUUAACGUUUUUGUAUUGUGUGCUUUGUUAAAUCUCAAGUAUCGGGGUGAAAACUACAGAUCCUAUAGUUUUGCGUGCCCUCGCAAUAGUAUAUCUUCAUUAGAUUAAUAUUAUAAUACAUUUACCACAAUUUUACUAUAGUAACCAUAUUUUAACCUUGAUAUUCACUGUAAAACAAGAGUAAUAAUACAGGGGAAAAAACGAUAGUAAUAAAAAUCAUAAUUGUGUGGUUAUUAUGGUUUUAUACAAAUAGUAAAACCAUAAUAAGCACAAUAAUUACCAUGGUUAAUCUAUAGUAAAACUCUGGUUACUAUAUGGAUACAGUAUACUGUAUUAAAACCAUGGUUUCUGCCAAAAACAUGGUUACUUUACUUACUUUUCAUAGUUACUACUAUGUUACUAUAGAAAAACCUUGAUUUCUGCCAAAAAAUAUGGUUACUACAGUCUAGAAUAUUACUAUAGUAGAACCAGUUAAACUAUGGUAUUUGUAAAGUAAAACAAGUACAAACACAAAAUUAUGAUUUUUAUUUCCAUUGUUUUAAUUUUCCAUUAUUAUCACUAUGUUUUCAGACAAAUAUCAUGGUUAAAAUAUGGUUGCUGCAGUAAAUGUUUAUUGCAAAGGCACACAAACUAUUAAAAAAAUGAAUAAAAGUCGUGCUAUAUAUCUUUAUUUUUUGAAUUUCAUUAAUGAAAAUGAGAUUUUUUUUUGCAUAACACUAAUGAGUAUGGGCGGAUGCUUAAUUGUCACAAUGCAAAAAAAAAAAAAAAAUGUUAUGCUAAAAAUGAUGUAUUAUUUUUUCUUUUAGUUUGUGGGUGAAAUAUGACCUGGACAUUUUAUUUUUCUUUUUGAUAUUUACUAAUUUUUUGGACAUCGUUUCACAAGGUGAGAUGCAUUUAGUCAACAGAAAAUAUUUUCCAGGUUCCUCAUGGCAGUAGACACAGUUUCCUACAAUGCUACAGUUUAAAUCGUUAGUUCAUUUUUGGCUUAUACAUGGUCACAGCAAUCAUUAUACCUAGCACUGGAAGUGUUCCUCCAGUUGUUCCUUUUAGAUAUAUCUACUUUUGUCACAAAGAUUAUUAUUGCUUUCUCAUUUUUGGUACAUUUAGCUUUUUAUGGGACAGCACAGUGUAGAAUCAAAGUAAAUUAUUGGGAUAGAAAGAGGGGGAUGGGGUUGGGAAAUGACGCUGUUCGAAUUCAAAAUCUGUAUCCCCAUGAGAGCACAAUGGCUUAACACUGACCUCUGCGCCAUGGCUUGGGCAUCAUUCAUUUCCAAAGAUCCAUGUUUUAAAGUGUCCCGCCACCCCGAUUUUCAAUAUGUUCCUACGCCCCUGCUUAUGCUGAUAUAAUAUGUGUUUACAUAAGAUUUAAAUAGUUUUUCUUUAUCCUCAGGUUAUGUGUGUGAGAGGAAGGAUAUGUUGGUAAAUGGAUGUUGUAAUGUCAAUGCUCCCAGCUCAAGUCAGUAUGUCUGUAAAAGUUGUCUGUCCAGUGGCUGCUGCAGUGUCUACGAGUUCUGCGUCUCCUGCUGCCUCCAGCCUGAUAAGCAACCUCUUCUGGAGCGAUUUUUAAAUCGAGCUGCAGAAGGAUUCCAGAAUCUCUUCACUGCAGUUGAAGAUCAUUUUGAGUUGUGUCUGGCUAAAUGUCGCACUUCUUCACAGAGUGUUCAGCAUGAAAACACAUACCGGAACCCUCAGGCAAAGUAUUGCUAUGGUGAGAGUCCACCAGAACUGCUGCCUGGGUGAUCGUGCUGUAGACUCGUUUACCCGAGAAUGGGCUCAAAAAUGAAGGAGAGUUCUUGUAGGUAUUCUCAGGAGUCCUGAUGGACCAAAAUGAACAAAGCGCACAAUCAUGAAGACUGGAAAGAAACAUCAUAGUUCACACUGCAGAAGAACAUAAUACCUUUCUUUACCUCAUCAAUGACAAACAUCUUGUUCCGCCCAGUUAUUUUUACGCUCGUCAUGCUCAAAUUAGGACAUGCAGGCCACAAGCUAAUUGUGAGUGUUUUAUUGUGAGAGGAAUUUCAAGGGUGGAAUUCCAGGGGCUUUGUGUUGUUGAUUCACAUUUCAAAUUAUUCAAAGCACUCGUGGACGUCACCUCAGACUGUUUGACAGUGCCCUCCGCCCCCAGGGAUUGUGGAACAUUCAAUGUUAACUCAGAUCUGUCAGUAAAAAUCGGCAUGUGAACUGCUAUAUGUUAAUUUAAUAAAGUAAAUGUGAUUUUUAGUGGCUUUACAACUGAGCAUUUUGAAGUUUUUACAGGCUUUUCUUACUUGAAGGAAUAAAAUAAAAUGUUGUAUUUAGUGACUCACCCUCAUUUUGUUCCAAAUCUUUAUGCAUGCAAUGAAAGUGAAUAAUGAAUGAGGCUAGCAUUCCUAACAUUUCCUUUUACGUUUUCCGUAGGAAAGAAAGACAUAUGUUUGGAAUGACAUGAGGCUGAGUUAAUGAUUUUUGAAAUGUGUGUGUGUGUCAUUUCUACGCUACAAGCAGCAUGGAAUUGCACAAAUUCAAGGGGUUUCCCAAACAUUCCCAAGAAUGGUCUUUAUAGUUGUUCUGCACAUUAUAAUUAAAAAAAUUACACUGAUCACUUUAAAUGAUUUUUAGCAAGUCAUACACAGGAAGAGUAAUUGGAUACUAGCCCACCGAAAGUAUGGAAAUAAUUUUUGGUUUUAUUUUUUAUUUGAUGAUGAAAUGAGGUUUUGAAUGCAAUUGAUAUUUUUCACUGAAAUCUGUGAGUAACAGGAGUUUUCAUUCUUUAUGAAAUGUGUAAGAUAAACAUCUGUAUGUUACGUAUCAUCAAGUUGUAGUUAUAAUUAAAAGAUGACCACUAACUUGUUGGGACAUCUUAAAAUUCUAGCAACAGGAAAUGUAUCAUAUCAGAAUGGGUCUCACGGUUACCCUCCAGUCAAAAGAUGUUACAUCCGAAGGGGGAAAAAAAAGAGGUUUGAAUGCUAUCCACUUUUGUUACCUUCAAGAUAUAUUUCUACUUAAUCUUACUCUUUCAAAUGUAUUUUAUUGGUGCAAACUAAUGUAGUCAGGUUUAUUUGGUCAUUUUGGUAACUUUUAUAUUAACACUCGCUUUUAUUAAGUAUAGUAAAAAAUGGUAUUUCUUGACUAGAAUAAAACAAGUUAAU